AUGGCGCUCCUAAGCUCGAUAUCAGGCCUGGCAACUCUGCCCAUCCUCGGCGGGCUGCUGUGCCUCUACUUCGUCGUCAACCGUCUCAUCGUCUUCGUCAAGUUGCGCAAGUUCGGCGGACCGCGGUGGACGGGCAUCACCCACUGGCCACACAGCAAGCAGAUCCUGGGAAACAAUGUUCACGAGUGGUACGCAGAGGUGAACGAGAAAUACGGCCCAAUCGCUCGCAUAGCACCAGGCAUCCUGAUGACAUCCUCCCCGGAGGUCUGGACACACGUGAACAAACACCCCGGCUACAAGCGCACCGACUGGUUCUACCACGCCGCCCGCGUCGAACACCGCCGAGACAACGUCUUCACGCAGACUGACAACGCAAAGCACGACAAGAGACGAAAACAAAUGGCCCCAGGCUACUCAGGCCGAGAAAACCUCGACCUCGAACCCGCCAUCGACGCCCGCGUAGCCGAACUCCUCGCCCUAAUCCGCCAAAACCACCUCUCCACCCCAUCCCACAUCGUCCCCAUGGACCUGGCCAAGAAAAUCCAGUACCUCACCCUCGACGUCAUCUCCGGCGUCGGGCUCGGCAAGACCUUCGGCAUGCUCCGCCACGACGCCGACGUCGACGCCUACAUCGCCUCCAACGACCAGGGCCUCACGGCCGCCAACGUGGCCCUCGCCCUCGGCGGGAGCUGGCUCGCGCAGGCGCCCGUCGUCGGCCGCCUCAUCGCCCCUUCGCCGGCUGACGGCACCGGCUUCGGGAAGAUGAUGGCGGCGUGUUUCCGCGCGGUGGAUGCGCGCGCGGAGGGCGAGACGGAGAAGAGGUCGGAUAUGCUCGCGUCCUUCAUCCGGCACGGGCUGAGCGGGGACGAGUUGCGGUCCGAGGCGCUGGAGCAGAUCAUUGCCGGGUCGGAUACGACGGCGGCGGCGAUGCGGGGGGCUUUGCUUGCGAUUAUGACGAACGCGCGGGUGUAUACGAAGCUCAGGCGCGAGAUUGACGAGGCUGUGAGGGACGGGCUUGCGCCAGGGCAGGGCGAGGGGCUGGUGUCGUUAGAGCAGACGAGGAAGAUGCCGUAUCUCCAGGCCGUGAUUCGCGAGGCGUUGAGGGUGAGGCCGCCGGUCGUGUGUCCUUUCCCGCGGGAUGUGCCGGCUGGAGGGGACACGAUUACGGUUGGUGGGGAGAGCGUGUUUGUGCCGGAGGGGGCUUGUAUUGCGUACUCUGCCAACGCGAUGCAUCGUAGCGAGGAGACGUAUGGGGAGGACGCGAAGGCGUUUCGUCCUGAGAGGUGGUUUGAGGAGGAUGAGGAGAAGCUUGCGGUUAUGAAGAGUGUGAAUGACAUGGUCUUUGGGUAUGGGAGGUUUGUGUGCUUGGGCAAGCCGGUUGCGCAGCUUGAGAUGGCAAAGACGAUCUUCGAGCAGCUACUACGCAACUUCGAGCUGGCGCUCAUCGAUCCCGCGCGUCCGUGGAAGGCUCACAAUGUCAUGGGGCUCUUCGUCAUCUCUGACAUGUGGGUGCAAGUUAUGGAGAGGACGGCAUGA